ACAUUACUUUAACCAAUAUGGCCGACAAUGGACCACAAAAGGACCAAGAGGAAGUUACCGAAUUGAAAAACGACUUGCAAAACGCAUCUAUUGACGAGAAAGACACAGAUGAGACAGAGGAAACACCAGAACGGGAAAUAACUCAAACAGACCAUCUAAACAAACGUCUUCUUGGUGCUUUUCUAAAUAGAAUUAACAUUAAUCCUUCGUCCCUCCCCCCACAGUCCGCAUACCAAAACGGAGAAAAUAGUAGCUCGGACACAGAUGAAGACAGCACAGUAGACUUAAAGAAUAAUCAAUAAGAGACUUACAAAUAUUCUUCUGAUAAUAUACAGACUAACACUUUACUUGAACAUAUUUUGUGAAGAAAUUAUCUAGAUAACCCUGAAUUCACCUGCAGCAUUCUAGAAUUCGUAUUCGAGAAGAAUAAACUGUGUUUAUUAGGGAUAAAAGAACAAAAAGCCGAUGUCAGGAGAUCACAUAGAAAAGCUGGUUAUUGGAAUAUCAGGAGCUACUAAUAGUGGUAAAUCUACUUUGGUCGAACAGCUUGUGUCUGCUUUACCCAAUUGCUCUGCUAUUCAUCAAGACGAUUACUACCUGGAACCAGGGGAUGAAAGACUGACUUGGAUUCCAGAAUUGAAUCAUGAGAAUUGGGACGAAAUGAAAGCCCUUGAGAUGGAAAGACUUGUGCGUGAUAUUCAGCAGUGGGUCAGAGACACACAUUCACCAGGUGGCGACAGUAUUUCUGUGCUCCUGGUGGAUGGUUUUCUUUUGUACAACUACAGACCACUUAAUGAGUUAUUCAGCAAAAGAUAUUUUCUGAAUGUAAGCCAGACUGUGUGCAGGAGUAGAAGAAGUGAAAGGAAUUAUGAGCCCCCGGAUGUUCCUGGCUAUUUUGAUCAGAUUGUAUGGCCAGCCUAUUUGGAGAGCCGGGAGGAAAUAAAGGACCAGUCUGAUAUCACAUUCCUUGAUGGAACAAGCAAAAAGGAAGAUAUCUUUCAAACUGUUCUAAAGGACAUUUUAUCAGUUAUCCCAUUGACUCGUUAAGAGUUUACUGUAGUACAUUGUAGUGCAGGAAGGCUACUUUUUCAUGUAUAAUCGAUCAUGAUAUACUACUAGAAUAACUGCUGCUAAUUCAAAUGUAACAAAUGUCAUAAUGCAGUUUUCUUGUUACUUUCAUUAAUAAAGAAUAAUUUUUAUGUUACUUUCAUUAAUAAAGAAUAAUUUUUGUAUAA